UAUACAUGUUUAAUAAAAACGCAGUCUUAAAACUUAUAAUUACAGUCAGAAAGAUAGAGUACAUAGAGUAGUGGUAAAAGUAUUGAAGGCAACGAAAUGAAAGUCUUGAUAGUUUGCUUUGCUUUAGUCUUUGGUUUGACAAAUGCAAAUGUUAUUUCAGAAUACGAAAACGAAAAUGUAGCAUUGCAAGGAAUAUUUGAGGACAUACUGAAUGGUACCAUUAAUGGCAUUUUAGGUAAAAUGACGGAACCUUUAGUGAUGAAUGACACAAAUUUGGUUUUUAAGGAAGAAGGAACUUUGGAAGGUGUUGCUAAUAUCUCAAACUUCAAGUUAUCUGGACUGAAAUCCUUGGUAGCAACUUACAUAAAGAUCACAGGUGCGUCAAAGCUGAACAUGACUGUUAAGCUCCCUUCAGUUUCUGUGAAUUUUAAAUAUAAUUUGGACGUUUUGUUAUUGGACCUUAUCCCAUUGUAUGGAAAAGGAGUUAACAAUAUUGAAAUAGACACCAUUAGCCUAAAUAUAACAGGAGGAAUAAAUCUUUCCAACGGAAUCAAAGUAAAUGGUAUUGGUGUGUUGCUUGAUCUUGGAACUGCAGUUUUUAACUUGAACGGGCUCCUCAACAAUCCUGAGUUCAGCGCCCUUGUCAACACAGCCUUGAACGACAAUUUCUGCGACUUUGUCGAUAAAAACGCCGAACUUCUAUCGAAAAUUUUGGGACAAAUAUUUGAACAAAUUAUAAACAACGCUCUUUAAAUUAUACCCUUGUUUUAGUGUCAUGUAAUUUUGCUCUGAAAUUCUUUAGAAAUUUAAUAUUUAAACUAUGUAUUUAAAGUAUUUGUUUAAUAAAUAAGUUAUUCUUU